AUGGAGUCCUCUACCGCCCCCAAGAAAGAGAAGAAGGGCUUGAGCAAGGCAUGGAAGAAGUUCAAGGAAUCGUUCAGGAACAAGCCAGCUGCCGCCUCAUCCUCCACUCCUGCACCUACCACCACCGCCAAAUCAGAACCGUCUAAAGAGGAAUCUAAGCCCGAAGCACCAAAGACGACAACCGAGCCGCCUGGUCAGUCAGAUGCCGAUAGGCGCCUCGAGAAAGCCCGCGCUAUCUUCAAGAAGUACGACUUCGAGUUCAGCGAUGAGGACUGGCAGGCGUCAGAGACCCGCCCCAAAGCGCCUCGGGAACGGGUUCAGAAGCCGAUCCGUAUGCGGGUCAAGUACACCUGCCACAAUUGCAAGACAGUCUACGGUCACGACAGGAUAUGUGUUAGUUGCCAACACAAGCGUUGCCCCGAAUGUAUUCGAUAUCCGCCAAAGAAGAAGAAGGGCAAGGCCGCCGCCGACAAAACCGCCGAUGCCCCAACCACGGCUUCAAAGGGUUGUACUUGCCACGAGUGCCAGUCUGGUUUCGAUCUCGGAGCGGUAGAAUGUCCCAACUGCAAACACCAAAUCUGCGACAAAUGCACCAAAGAAGCCAAACUGGACCCACCGCCCACAGAAGCAUCAUCGCAGCCCGUGGCUGCCAGCUAA